AUGCUAGCUGCUCGCGAUCAAGAGAACAUUGUGCACGCACGCCAGACCGCAGCGGCAGGGAAACCUCUGAACCAAAACAUCCGAAGCCUCCAUCCGAAGACGCCAGGAAACUUGAAAACACCCUUUCGAGUUUCCAAAAACGAUGAAAAUGCACCCUUCACUUUCAAAGGACAACGAGGCCUGAACAAGGAUGGUCCGAGUAAAUCGGACAAGAAUUCAUUUGUGACGCCGUUAGCACCGCGCAACAGAGCACCUCUCGGAGCAAAAACAACCAACGCCAAAGCCGCUGCAUUCAAGACUCCUGCGGCCGCACCUCUAACCUCCAAACCAGGCCACGGUGUACCAAAGCCUUCCACCGCCCGUCGUUCCGGCCGGUCUAAAAUCGUUGUGUCUCGAGCGGAACCAGCAGAAGCCGAUGUAUUGACAGCACCGCACGAAGAGGAUGAUGAACCAGACUAUGGUUAUGCGCCACCUCCACCAGUUGCACUUCCGGACCCUCCGUUGGACUUCAAUUCUGAGGAGUUCCCUCCUCCGCUCACUAGGGAAGAACUUUCCAGAGAAAUCGCAGAGUUGUACUUGAAUUCGCCGAAAGACGAGAACGGCUUCUCUCUCCGUCUGAAGAAGGAGCAAGAAGAAUGGGAACGAUUUGACGAAGAGAGAAUCAAGCAUACUCUAAAAGUCACAGACAUGCCCGUGGAAUCCCCCGAUAGACAGGUUGAUGCUAUGAUUGCCGCAGGGCCAAAGAAGCAGAGACCUCCUUUGUCAAGAGUUGACAGCAUGCAAGCCAAGUCAGCAGCAGAGGCGCUUUCCGAGCCUCAGCCCCGUCUGCCCUCGGCAGCACUGAGGCCAACACAAGCGUCUGAACAGAAAAGAAAGGGCAUUCUUCCAAGCACCAAGCCGAGGCAUUUGAGUACGUCAACAGUAUCUGGCGCAGGCCGGACUACUCACGCUGCUGUCUCGAAGAACACUAUUGGGUUUCCAAAAGCAAAGAAGCCGCCCUCCAUCAUCCCCAAAGGUGCAGGGACGGACAGAUCGGGGCCUAUUUCUGUGAAGAAACCUGCCAAGGUUGACCAAAGCAAGAUUCAUCCCAAAGACUUCCGUGACCUCUAUGGGUCUCCCCCUAUCGAAAGUGACAUGUGGUUUCGUCUGAAGGAGUAUGAGUUGCUUGAGAAUGACGAGGACAAGGAUGCGGAUUUGGUUGAUGACUUGUUCGAGCCAGAUUUUUUCCCUUUUGACAAUUCUAAGCUGGAUGAUGAGGACUUUCAACUCCCCAUGCCUGCGUGA